AAUGCAAAAAAAAAUCCUGUCACCUACUAGAAACUAUCUUGCUGUGGACACUAUCACAACUGCUCGCCACCAGUCUUCAACGUAAUUUUUGCUAUUCGCAGUUGUCUUUCUUACUAGUCGUCAUGGACCGUAAUAGGAAUACUACUAAUCAAAGAUAUUCCACCAAAUCGAUAGUUGAUGGAGGAGCAAUUAAAUCGAGAGUUAAUGGAGGAGCAAGUGAUUUACCUGUAAAUAAUAAUCCACCUGAUGAUGCCAACUCAAACGGACCUGUCUACGAGCCUACACCUCAAGAUCCAACGCACACUGAACGAUUCACAGUGGUACCACCUAAUCCAUCACGGCAUAGUAAAUUAAAGAUGAUGGCACAGAAAGAAGAGGAGGAGCUCCAGAGAUAUAAGGAGGCCAACAGACCUGGGCCCAUUCAUCUGAACCCAGAGAGGCUGGGGGGAGCUGUAUCAUUGGUCGAGGCCAGAGAGAGACAGCGAGUUGAGUUACGCCAGUCCAAACUUCAGAAAAAGUUGAAAAUGGAGGAAAUGGAGAGAAAGAGAAGACAGGAGGAGGAAGAAGAGAUUCAAAGAAUGAAAGCCAAACAGAGGGAGAAGUGUGGGAAUAUACGGGCCCGGAGGAUUGAAAGUGGAGCAGACAAACUGGAGGAGAAAAAAGUGCAGGAGGAACAGCUGAGGAGAGAGCAACAGAGAGAGAUUCACUACAGGACAACUGACCAGUUCCUCCAGAGGUUUGAGAGGACAGACACACUUCCUGUGGCAUCCAGCAGUGCUGCACACACGUCAUCAUGGGUGCGAGCCCAAGAUUACAGGGAGGACAGGAGGGCAGUGGAGAAUGCCGCUUUGCAGCUGAAGAAUGAGGAACAGAGGAAAAAGAGUGAGGCACUGGAGGAGAGACAGAGACAAGAGGAGAAGGAGAGGAGGACGAAUGUUCAGCAAGAACACAGACAAGUGAACGCAGCCUUCUUGGAUAGGCUGCAAGGUCAGAGGUUGGAGAGGCAAAGAGAGAUGGAGCGCCCUCCUAUGGCUGAGGAGGUGUACAGUAGAGACUGGGAGGCCCAGGCCCGUGAACCACAGGACCCCCCCACUCCACCAGAGGCUGACCUAGCACAGGGCCCUGCAGUCUGGGCAGAAGAAGCUGAUGCCGAUUAUGAUUGGGUUGUGAUGAAGCUUCAGGCUCGUUUCCUGGACGUCGACAAAGGUUUUCUGAAGGACAUUGUCAUCCAGUGCAGCGGAGACUACCUGCAAGCCUGCCAGCUGCUGGAACACUAGUUCAGAUUGAAGUUUUUACUUUUUAAGUUCUAAAGUGUCGUGUUUAUUUGCCUUUUGUACAAGUAUAGGUACAGUACAUUGGAGUUCUAGGUCCUUCGUGUCUCCUCAGUUUCCUAGUGGUCUAACCUAAGUCCUAUAAAGAAAGUAAUAUAAAUAAAUACUUUCUAAUUAUGAUGCCUCUUCAGAACUGGAUCUCUAUUGAUAAUGCAUCACCUGGAAAAGUGUGAAAACGUUAAGAUUGAAGUGUACCCCUUAAUUGUCCUAUAAUCGGAUAUUUAACCAUGAUUUCUUUUGCAUGUUUAUUAUUUGUAAUAGUAUCUGAGUGGGUUUAUGCAGUCAUUGCAAGUUUUUCCCAAAACUGGUUUUUAGUUACGUGAGAUUGAACAAAUUAGCCGUACAUCAAAAUGAGUCAUGAUCUUAACAUUCUUUGUUCAGUAACCAGUUCAGUGCGUGUGGAUGGAAACAUCGGUCCACUGAUACAUGUGGCAUUGUGUUUGUCAUCCAUGUUCGAUAAUUAAAGGAGCAUGUGCAAUAUCAACAACAAGAUGUUUCCUGGAGAAGUGAACUGUGUUUACGUAAACAAAAACAUUCUCUCUUGGUGUGUACUGAUCGCUGGGGAUUUCAACUUUUCAUAUCUAUGCUUACACCUAACCUCAUAUGAUUCCUUUAUACUUUAUUUCCUGACUAUCAUUUCGUGAACACGGUCAUUAUGGGGAUCCAGUUUCAAGGCUGUACUUGUAAUAAAGCAGAAUUCAACGUGAGGACUUGCCUUUUGGCCAUCCUCUUUGUCCUACUCU